AAAUAAGACAAUAUUUUCUGGGAUUCUCAAUUAUUUAAGAUCAAAUUUAAUCACUUUUUAAGGGUAAACUGUAAAUUCGUAACGGACGCAAUUUGGCAUUUCUAAACCACCAUUUCUAAAUCAGUCAAAAAUUGUCAAUCUCGGUAGUUUUAAGACUUGCACAGUUGCACGACUUUCCAUUAAUUAUGAAUAACUACGUAAUAUAAUAGCAAUAAAUUAUGAUUUAAUAGAAUAAGUUACGUCACAAGUUGUUGUUAAUCAAUUAUGACGUUUGUAUUUUGCACGCUUGGAGUAUGACUUUGUCCAUUCAGGUUUUUUUUUUCUCUUAUAGGGAAAAACGUGUCAUUAAUGAAUAAAUAUAAACGCACGAGGACUUCACCAUGUCAUCAGUUGUCUAUAGCCCCCACAGGCCGACACAACAAUAAAUAUUUGUAUUAUAUAAACUGUUUUACAGUUCUUUAUUUAUUGUUGAUAGUGUCAAUUGGUAAACACAAUGGCGUCUUUCAAAAUUUUAAUUGCGAUUGUGUUGCUUGUGGAAAUCAGCUGGGCUAAACCGAAUGGAAACAAAAUCGACAUCAAAAUCCCAAAAGAGUGUGAUAAGGAUGGAUUUUGUUCCGUGAAACCUGAAGGUUAUGAUAAGUUGGAGGAGAAAAUCAACAGUCUUCUGACCCCACACUUGAUUAGUUCUUUUGCUGACCGGAUGGGUCAAGAGCCAACUACUGAACUGUCUCCUCAGAGUGACUGGCACAACUGUCCCUACGUAAGAAAGUUGGAUUCAAGUUACACAUUUUUGUAUGAAAACCUGACGAAAACCGACUACAUCAUUCAAACGAAGCUGUUGAGCCAAACCAUCGAAACCGUUACUUGCGCGUACGAAAAAAUCGACAGCGGCACUCAACAAUGCUUCCAGCAUUUAGGUUUGGGUGCUUUCAACAUGCAAUCUACUUGUAAGACCUCUACAGCAAAACGGUCUCUCCUUAUCUACGAUGACACGGCCCAUAUGAUUGUGCAAAAGGAUUUCAACGUACCCUGCUGCUGUACUUGUUCUAUUACCAACUCAUUAUAAUUUGCAUAUUUUUUAUGUCAUAAUUCAGUGUAUACACUUCUCAGAGCUUGAGCGAUUCUCUGUCAUUUAUAGCGGGUGAUUUAACCGGACAUCAAAUAGGUGUAAUUUUUUUUAAGGUAGAAUCCAUGAGUACAUAUUUAUGACUUUUUUAGGGCAUGUGUAAGAGCUUUAUGACGAAUAAUUACAGAUUUAGAUAAUUUAUAUUGAUUGAGAUAACAAGACUGACCACAUUAAUUGUAUUAACUGUUUUACUCAUAGUUUGUAAGUUUUUAUAAUACAACUUUGAGUGUUAAUUUAUUCAUUUAGGUAGCAAAAUUUUUAAUAAACGUAUGUAUUAUAAUAUAGCUAAUUAUUAUUUCCCUAUUCCCGUAACUGCUAUCAGAGCGAAAUAUUUUGGUGGUCCGGAAAAGAGAUAAAAUAUUGGUGGGCUAGCCUUAUCAAGUAACAACAGCGAUGUAUGAGACAAAGGCACCAAUAUUUAGUAGAUUUUUCAAGACGUGCCAAAUUACAUUAGCUGCACUAUACGAGUACGUGCAUAGUUUUCAUUUCAAUUCAUAUAAAAAAAACUAUGAUAAAAAUAGUUAACAAGUUCAUUACCCGUGUCUUACUAAAAAGAUAACAAUUUUUAUCACUGAUAAACAUUCUUACGUUGAGUUUCUAUGGGAUUAGAUUAUUAUGGCAAUGACAUUGAACAUAUCAUAAUCAUGACAUUUUAAGGGACAACGCCUCUUAAAUUAUUAUUAUUCAAGUUAAAAAUUAAUAGUUGCUACGAAGUCUGUCUGCCUGGUACCAGUGUAACCUGGUCGAAACGUCAGGUCUUCUGCAAAUGUUUUUCAUGAGGUAAGGCAUUCGGGUUUAUCGCUCGGAGACAAUGUUUAAAUUUCCAUACUUUUAUAUUAGAACUAAAUUGUAAUACCGCUUAUAAAUAUGACAAUAGUUGCUUAUUUCGAAACUAAUUUUAGAACUAAUUAAAAAUACUAUCGUAAAGGGUAAUUUGAGAAAGGUAUAAAAUCUUGUGACAAUUUAUUUAUGCUCUUGUGGUUUACAUUGUCUUAUUUAAUUUUGUAAGUAUUUUGUUUCAUGACAAGUUUGAUCAUAGGAGCAUUUACUUGGCAAAUAUACUAGCUUAAAAAAACUAUAAAACCGUGUGGAAAAAGGGAACUUGCCUAUACAUCAAUAUGUAAUAAAAGUGACCAGCGCAAAAUUCAUAGAUGAAAUACGUGACCUUCUGAAAAAAUGGUAAAUAAAUGAGUACAUACAUAAUCUAUUUUGGGCAAUAUUCUUUAGACACACGCAAACAUGUGUGUCUAUUAAGUUAAAAUACACUAUUAUUAGAAUAGCAAGAAAAGUUAAUGGGCAUCUAUUACGACAUGUAUUGUGUUAAGACGAAAGCAGAUUUCAAUUGUUUUUGUGUUUAUAAACAACGUUUCGCAAUACAUUACUAAACCAUGACUUGGGGAUUUUACAAGUAUUUAUAAUCAUAGUAAAUAACCGAAGGACCUUUUCAGGGAUUAAAGCACUUUUAAAUUGCGUUUUUACAUCAAUAAAAAUAUUUCGAAAUAAUUACAUUAUAUUUCAACUUCGAUCAUGGCUCAACCAGAAAGUAUGCCAAAGAAACUAUUUUUUGUUAUUAUAAUUAUGUGCUGAUGCACAUA